CGGGUAAUCGAGCGAAAUGGUUGAACGAUUCGGCUUGGCAUCACGAACGCAACAAAAGCCAAUAGCAAUAAAAACACACUAAAUGUACUUGUAAAUAUUGCCAAAAAUAAUUAUCUAUGGAAUAUUAUAUGAAUUCUUAAACGUAAGAAUAGUGAAACGCGAAAACCAAACAAAACGCAUAAUCAAAAUUAAGUGAGUGCACGUAAAAACCGAAAGCAGAGGCUUGUGUAUGCAUAUUGCUUGAAUAUGGUUGCGAAUUCAUAAGUCAACACGAAGGAUAACAGCCACAUAGAGCGAAGUGCUGUUAUAUACGUAUACUCGGAUACGGUGGCGAAUUGAGCGGCACACUUACAGUUAUAUGCAUAUAUACAAACAUAUGUAUGAAUAUGAGUAGAAAGUGUAUUAGGUGCAAAACAGAAAAAAAAGUAGCAAAGUGAAAAAAUAAAUAAUGAAUUCGUACGUAAAUAUAUAUAUGUGUCUGCAUAUGUUUGUACGCCUAAUAUGUAUCUAUUAAUACCGCUUCGUAUAUAAUUCUGUGUAUGUGUAAAUACAUUUUGUGGCUGGCUGGCAGCGUGUGCAUGUAUGUAUGUCUGUAUGGCCAUAAGUGGUACACAACUGAUUAGUAACUGAGUCGGUGCAUGCUGCCCGCCACCCCCUCACCACCUUUGAAGCGAUUUUUAUUGACCGCAAAAACUUGUGUUAAAUGCACGUUAAAUAGAACUGUGAAUUGAAAGCCGCAAUAAAUUUAGGGUGCUUGUGCUUUUAAGCCACAUUCAGCGCGCUGGGGCACGUAGCGCGUGCCAACAAAAGCAAACAUAUGUCGACGGUAAAUCAUGGGCAAACAGCUGCGAAAAAUACUCAACAACUCAAACCAGUUUCACAAAUUAGACAAUCGCCUGUUGCGCAUCAUUGGCCGAGUGGCGUACGGUGUCUGCUGCUGCCGCAAGGGUGUCCCAAGGGACACGACAUAACAUAGCCCAUUGGCUUGUUGUUGUUUUAGUUGUUGUGCGUUAUAUUUACGUUGCUUUGCGCCAAAAAUGAUUCAGUGAAGUUUCGGGUUCAUUGUUGUGAUUAAAUGUUGUUAAUGCUCAGCACACAUAUAAUAUUAGCAUGCCAAUAACAGUAUAUAAUCAGGCACAUAUGACAUAAAAGCGAGUGAACUAAACAACCGCAAUCGUAAUAAAUCACCCGUUCGAUAAAUCAAAAAAAACAGACAACUGCGGCCUCCUGAUACCGAACAGUAAUUAAGAUAAUUAGUAAUCAAUGAGCGCAGCUGUGAAAGUUUCAAAUAAUUAGAACCAAAACAAAUCUCGCUUCGGAGUGAAAUAACGUGCAAGAGACACCGUAGAGACAACUUUAACCACCCGGCUCUGGCGCAACACAACAACAAGACGCAGCAAUGCCAGACACAAAUAAAUUGUUGAAUAACGGUUAUCUGCGCACACCGCACAUCUUCGGCCUAAGCACCGGUAGCAGCAUGGAUGACAGCGGUGCCACAGCGGCCAAUUCGCCACUGCUAGAGGACAGCAGUGGUGUCGCCACAACUGCACUGUCGGACGACAAACUAUUGAGCCUGCAACAGAAUAGUCGUAACCUGAACAACAGUGCCGCGAACAACGGACCGCACGUCAAAUUACCCAUGGUCGUCUACUUAGGCAGUGACAGCGGUGGCGGUCGUGAUGUUGGUGGCACAAACAUGGGCGCAGGCUUGGGCGCCGGCAUCGGCAGUGGGGCAGCACGCACAGCACUACAGCGCAACGUACCCUCGCCCUAUCAAAGCACCACAGCACCGAUGCAUCUCAGCCACCGCAACCAUCCCCACCAGCACAGCGACUGGUUAACCAAGGAGCCAACGCAGCGGCGGCGUUUGCUUAUUUUGGCUGCGGCCUUCACGGUGCUCGGCGCUGCGAUCGGCGCCUUGGCGAUCUACUUUGCGAGCAGUAAUCGUUGUCACUCGUUGCCCAUGGCAGGCACGGCGGUGAGCGUCAGUAGCAGUAAUAAGGACACGGAACCUAAAGAUGUGAAGUUUCCUCAACGAAAUAUUUGCUUAACGGAGGAUUGCGUACGGACAGCUGCUUCAUUACUUUCGGCCAUGGAUACGUCUGCGGAUCCCUGUACAAACUUUUUUCAAUAUGCAUGUGGUACGUGGAAUAAGAUACAUAUCAUACCCGAAGACCGCAGUUCGAUAAGCACAUUCGAGGUUUUGUCCGACGAACAGCAAGUGGUGUUGAAGGGCGUACUAGAGGAGUCUAUUAAGGUCGACGACAACAAAGCCACAAUCAAAGCCAAACAGUUUUAUAAGAGCUGUAUGGAUUUACCUCAGAUUCGCAAAAUUGGCGAGGGUCGCUUAAAGGAGGUGCUCCAGUCGCUUGGCGGUUGGCCAGUGAUCACACCGAACUGGCAACCGCCCAAUAUGACCAUCGAGCAAUUAAUGGGACUUAUACGUGGUAAUUAUAGUGAACCGGUGCUAGUCGAGCUAUAUGUGGGCGCCGAUGAUAAGAACUCUUCCGCUAACAUCUUACAAAUCGAUCAACUACAGCUGGCGUUGCCAUCACGCGAUUACUAUCUGAAGCCCAGCAGUGAAAAUGAUUUGAAGGCCUAUCAUAAGUAUAUGACACAAACCGCAAUACUACUGGGUGCCGAUCCCGUGACAGCUUCGCAAGAACUGGACGACGUGUUGCAAUUCGAAAUCAAACUGGUCAAUGCUUCAUUGCCCGAAGCGGAUCGACACGACACGAGCGCUAUCUACACGAAACUCACUUUGCCUGAAUUGCAAACUCAAGUGCCGCAACUGAAUUGGACUAUCUUUUUAAAAACCGUACUAGGACCUGAUAUCGAAUUGCUACCGGAUGAGGUGCUGGUUAGUUACGCUAUGCCCUACCUCGUGGAAAUGGGUAAAAUUUUAGAGAAUGCCGAUCGCCGCGUGGUACACAACUACGUCAUUUGGCGUUUGGUGAUGUCCAUAAUGGCACACAUGAUCGACGAAUAUCAACGCGAACGCAUUGAGUUCCGUAAAAUACUUUUGGGCGUGCAAUCGGAACGCAUGCGUUGGUCUCAGUGCGUGGAAUGGACGAAUAAAAAACUAGGAUUGGCGGUGGGAGCGCUCUUUAUCCGGGAUAACUUCAAUCAGGAGAGUAAGGAUACGGCGCUUGAAAUGAUACACACACUGAGGGAAGCAUUUAAUGAGUUACUAACGGAAAAUCACUGGAUGGACGACGAGACGCGAGCGGUGGCUAGACAGAAGGCGAACGCUAUGAACGAACGCAUCGGUUAUCCGGAAAUUCUCAAUAAUGCAACGGAGCUCGAGAAAGAGUACGAAAAUCUCACAAUCGUCCCCGAUAAUUUCAUGGAGAAUGUGCUUAAUAUACUGAAAUGGGACUCGGAUAAGAAUUUACAGCUGUUGCAUCAGCCAGUCGAUAAGGAGAAAUGGACGACGGAACCGGCCGUGGUAAAUGCGUUCUACAACCCAAACAAAAAUGAUAUCGUCUUUCCGGCAGGGAUAUUCCAACCACUAUUUUAUAGCAACAAUUAUCCGAAAUCUGUUAACUACGGUGGAAUCGGUGUCGUGAUCGGGCAUGAAAUAACCCAUGGUUUCGAUGAUAAAGGACGACAGUUCGACAAGGAUGGCAACAUGAUGCAAUGGUGGAAUAAUGCCACCAUCGAAGCAUUCCGCGAACGCACACAAUGCAUCAUCGAUCAGUACUCCCGUUAUAAGAUUGAAGAGGUGGGUAUGUAUGUGAACGGUCGCAUGACGCAAGGUGAAAACAUAGCGGAUAAUGGUGGACUUAAACAGGCUUUUCGGGCCUAUAAAAAGUGGGUUAAGCGGCAUGGACCCGAACCGGAAUUACCAGGUCUAAAUCUCACGCACGACCAACUAUUCUUCUUGAACUACGCACAAAUUUGGUGCGGCUCAAUGCGACCCGAAGACGCCGUCACGAAGAUACGCUCUUCGGUGCACUCGCCCGGUUUCAUACGCGUACUCGCGCCACUCUCGAACUCAAAAGACUUUGCCGAAGCGUACAAAUGCAAACUCGGCUCGCCGAUGAAUCCUGUAGAAAAGUGUAGCGUGUGGUAGAAAGUUCGCUAUGUAGUACAUACACGUGCUAACAACCUAACCUAAUUAAAUAUAUACAUACAUAUAUAUACAUAUGUAAUUUAUAUAAUGCAUAAAAAAAGCUAUUAAAUGAGAAUGUAUACAAAAAAAAUUUGAUUGAGUAGCACAGUGUAAUAAUGCCAAGGCAUAAAUAUUCAAAGCACUUUGCUUAAAUAAUAGAAUUAGUAUCUAAUGAUUUUAUUUUUUUAUAAAUGUUUUAAAGCAUUAUUGAACUUCGUAUAUAUACGAGGAUAAAAUAAAUAAAGAGAAUGUUAAUUUGAGUGAGUAAAAUUAACAUGAAUUAGGUGAAUAUCGUAUGUCAACACACACACACACACACGCACACACAUAACAAGCUAAGAUAUAAAUAUAACAAACCUACAUUUGCGAAUUUGUAUAACGCAAAUACAUACACACAUACAUUGCUCUAACCAUUCAUACAUACAUACAUAUAUACAUGCCUACAAGUAUACAUACAUACAAUAAAAUACGGCACAAUUCGUUAAAAAAAAAAUUAAGAAAUAUUUAUGCAGUCGUGCAAGGCGCAGUUAAAAAAAAACAACAACAGCACACCUAUACAUGUAUAUGUGUAAAGAUAAAAAUGCAUUCACACACACAUACAUAAACUAUGUACUUAGUGUAUUGAUAACAAACACUGAAGAAUAAAAAAUGAAACAAUAUCGUAAUUUCACAAACGUA